UAUCACCACGAGAAGCCGCACUGAUGGACAGCAGCGUCAGCCAAUGGGUGAGGAAAGCGGCUGCAGUCUGCGGCGGCGAGUUUCCUUCCCUCCUGACAAGAAGGAGUGGGCUGCCGGGCGGAUGGGUGCGGGCUGCCGGGAGAGGGCACGGGAGAGAUGCUGCGGGUCAGCCUCUUGUUGCCUGUGAGUCCACGGAUCCGGUGAACGUGAGGCGGUGGGCAGCACACGGGGGGGGCCGGGCUGAGGGCACUUACUCCUACUCUGGGCCUGUGGCACUGGAAGUUCUGCUUCUUCCUGGGCACCUCACUGGGCAUCCUGAGCCCGUGGCUGGGCUCCCUGCAGCCUGUAACACCGGCCAUGGGCAGGCCCCGCUGAUCUCUGCUGCACUUGCACUGCUGGACAUAUUUGGGGCACCCUGAUGCUGCUGCAGCCCUUUGUGCAUGCUCCUCUCCCCAGUCUGCAGCCUGGCACUCUGCACUUGCAGUGAGCUGCAGGGCACCUGCUCAUAGGCCGCAGCCUCCCUCCAGACAGCCCUUCUUCAGAUACCUGGAGACUCCUAACAGAGCUGUGGCUGCAGGGGAAGCCUGUCAGGAUAACCACUUCAGUUGCUGCAGCCCAUAGCUCUGCAUUUCAGGUUACCUGUAAACUUUCUGCAGGUGGAGUAGCCAGUAUUGCAGCAAAUAGUGAUCCUGCCCAUGCUGCGGGGCCAAUACGUCUGUUUUUGUGCAUCUUUUUCGAUCGCCUCCUUUCUAAAGAGGUGACUUUGACCAUAUCCUGGGACAUCACUGGCUGCUACCCUAGAGCCUUGCUUUCUCUAAGUUGCUUCCUGUAAAGUGUCGGUGCAUGGGCACAAGGCUCCAUACACCAAGCCUCACCUAUGGAUCAGUUCAAUGGAGCCCCUCAGAUCUCUGCUCUCCCUGCCUGGCAGUAGCAAAACCUCUUUCGGAGUGACGAGAGCCGCAUCUAAUGCAUCAGUAUUACCAGUACCAUUGGUUCCAGAAGACGAUGAGGAUCAGGAUGACAGAGAGGGUACUCCCACAAGACAGGAGUUUUUGGAGGAGUAUGGUGAUGAUGGUGGUGGUAGUGGAGGCGGGGCUGGGGUCAUUGGAGGACAGUCUUCACCCUCUUUGUCAAAUCCAUUUUACUGGACUGCAGUCUUUGACUAUGAGGCGUCUGCAGAGGACGAGCUGACCCUGCGUCUGGGUGACCAGGUCCAGGUGCUCUCCAAGGACUUCCGUGUGUCAGGUGAUGAAGGCUGGUGGACUGGAAAGAUUCAAGAUCGUUUGGGCAUUUUUCCUAGCAACUAUGUGACCAGAACGCAAAGCUUCUCUAGUAAACUCCAGGGCAAGAGAGUUGAAGAACUACCAUGCUGCCCAGCCUCUGCCCUGAAAUUACAAGAGGUGGACUUUACGGAGCUGGUUUUGGAAGAAAUCAUCGGGAUCGGAGGCUUUGGAAAGGUGUACCGUGCCAUUUGGGGAGACGAGGAAGUGGCUGUAAAAGCAGCACGGCAUGACCCCGACGAAGACAUCAGCCAAACCAUUGAGAAUGUCAGACAGGAGGCCAAACUGUUCGCUAUGCUGGAUCACCCCAACAUCAUCGCUCUGAGAGGUGUCUGCUCGAAGGAGCCCAACCUGUGCUUGAUCAUGGAGUUUGCCCGAGGGGGGUCACUGAACAGGGUGCUCUCUGGGAAGAAGAUUCCACCAGAUAUACUUGUCAACUGGGCGGUGCAGAUUGCUAGAGGGAUGAAUUAUUUGCAUGACGAAGCCAUCGUUCCGGUCAUUCAUCGUGAUCUAAAAUCAAGCAACAUUUUAAUAUUGGAAACGGUAGAAAACAGUGACCUCAGCAACAAGAUCUUAAAGAUCACAGACUUCGGCCUAGCAAGAGAAUGGCACAGGACCACUAAGAUGAGUGCGGCCGGUACGUACGCCUGGAUGGCGCCUGAGGUCAUCCGCUCCUCCGUGUUCUCUAAGGGCAGCGAUGUGUGGAGCUAUGGUGUGUUGUUAUGGGAGCUGUUGACUGGAGAAGUACCGUUCCGGGGGAUUGAUGGUUUAGCUGUUGCUUAUGGUGUCGCUAUGAAUAAGCUGUCCCUUCCCAUUCCUUCCACCUGCCCAGAGCCAUUUGCUAGACUCAUGGAAGAUUGUUGGAACCCCGAUCCCCAUUGCCGCCCUUCAUUUACAAAUAUACUGUUCCAGUUAACCACAAUAGAGGAAUCAGGGUUCUUUGAGAUGCCCAAGGACUCCUUCCACUUAUUGCAGGAGGACUGGAAGCUGGAGAUCCAGGAAAUGUUUGACCAGCUGAGGGCAAAGGAAAAGGAGCUACGUAGCUGGGAGGAGGAACUGUCCCGGGCAGCCCUCGAGCAGAAGAACCAUGAAGAACUUCUACGAAGGAGAGAGCAAGAGCUGGCAGAGCGAGAGAUCGACAUCUUGGAGCGAGAGUUGAACAUCAUCGUUCACCAGCUCUGCCAAGAGAAGCCCAAGGUGAAAAAACGCAAAGGAAAGUUCAAGAAGAGCCGACUCAAGCUGAAGGACGGCAACAUCAUCAGCCUUCCGUCAGAUUUCCAACACAAGUUCACAGUACAGGCUUCCCCUACCAUGGACAAAAGGAAGAGCUUAAUUAGCACUAAGUUCAGCCCUCCUGCAAGUCCCACCAUUAUCCCGCGUCUCCGAGCCAUUCAGUUAACUCCAGGGGAUCCAAGCAAAUCAAGAAACAGGAGCACCGGUAUCCAGAAAGAUGAGAGUGAAGACGACGAGAAGAAAGAGACAAAGAAAAAAGCCCGUUCAUGGGCCUCAGCCACUCUGGGUAGUAAAGACUCCGGCACGGGGGAAGACAGGAUAUCUUUAGAGAGCUCGAAGUCUUGUUCGUCAAGUACAUCAAACCAUGGCAAGCCUAUAAAAAUGUCUGCAGUACCUGGGUUCACCACUGUGGCUGAGACGGCAGAGGCUGAGAAUGCUGCUGAACCAUUUGUGAAUCAGGUGGACCUCAAAGAAUCUCAAACACCCACCCCUAACAAAUCCUACCUCUGCAUACCAUUCCAUAAAGGAGAAGAUUUGGAGGGACCAUUCAGCGAUACCAGUGACAAUCCCACCCCAAUGAACUCUGCCACAAGCACUCCGCAGCUUACGCCCACCAAUAGCCUCAAGCGUGGCUCUCAGCACAAGAGGUGUUCAAUGGUUCUCUUGGGUUGUGGAGCUCUCUUAGCUACGGUUGGGCUAGGCUUUGACCUCCUGGAAGCAGGCAAAUACCACUUAGGUCAGGAUGAACCGGAACCGAAGGAAGAGAAAAAGAAGAAAGAGAGCCUCUUCCAACGUGCUGCCCGUCCCAGGAGAAGCACCAGCCCACCUUCUAGAAAGCUUUUUCGGAAAGAGGAUUCCCCAUCUCACCCGGCAGAGCCAACAACAUCAGUCACAAUGCAGUCCCUGUCUUCCAUUUCUGAAUGUAACUCCACGCGUUCUCUGUUACGGUCAGAUAGCGACGAGAUAGUUGUAUACGAGAUGCCCACUACUCCCGUAGAAGAACGGACGCCGGUUGUCUGCAGUCCUCUGGUGAAUGUACAUGUUGAAACUUUUAAGCGGGAUCCUAACCAGUCCCUUACACCAACUCAUAUGACUCUUCAUUCCCGAGCUCAGCAAGGACACCGGAGGACCCCUUCCGAUGGUGCCAUUAAGGCGAUCCAAGUAAUUGCUAAUGGAACGUCACCCAGUAAUUGUUUAGCGAGCCAUUCCGGAUCAAGUAUCGUAUCCCCAAAUAGAGACCCAAAAGAAGUUCCCCGUCUUCCCGACCCCAAUGUAGUGUUCCCUCCCACUCCGCGACGCUGGAAUGUUCAACAAGACGCUACACUGGAAAGACCCAAAACUUUAGAGUUUGUUCCAAGACCUCGACCUUCCACCAACAGACAGAGACUUGACUCGUGGUGGUUUGUGUCACCAAGCAGGAACAGAAGUGAAUCUCCCGCUAAUAGCUCAUUUGCUGAAACUCCAGGCAACAUGGACUCCUGUUUUGCCAGCAGCAGCGGGAGCACUGUGGAAGAGAAGUCUGGGUUCUCUGGCUUCACUCCCGUCCACGUGGGGCACCCUGUAGGUGAACGGACAUUACUGGACGUGGAUGUUGAAGGUCAGAGUCAAGAUAGCACUGUUCCUCUAUGCAGAACCAAACUUAAAACUUACAAAACCUGUGAACAAAGACAAGAGUUCUGGUCCUAAAAGCGGCAUGUCUACCUGCAGUCAGCAGAAACGGGACAUAGCCACAUAUCUUGCACUGAAUGCACUUUGAGGAUUCACAAGAUCACUGGAAGGCAAUAUAGACUUAGUCAUUAUGCUGCUUGCCCUGUUUAGCUUUCUAUCUGCCUUUUCCUCUCUUGAAUAUUUGGCAAUACUGUAAUAUUCUGGAACAUCUAUUAUCCAGCAAGAGCUCCUUAUUAGUUAUACUGGAUUACUAGAUUUG